AUGUCGCUGUGCCCUUGUCGAGGGAUUCGCCUGUGGACAGCGGCCUUGUUGCUAAGCAUAGCCUUUGCAUGCGUCAGAUACCACGAUAUUCUUUCGAAAGGUCAGGGUCAAGACCGCUCUCAAGUCGCCGUGGUGGAGGGAAAGCCGGAAGGAAGGGCAGAUUCAUUUGACAUCCUGCAGACCAUGCCCGGCGAAAAGAUCGGGGUGAAGGACGAUCCCUCCUUGUCCCUAGUGCACACAACUGCUCAAGUUCGUGCGGACGUGUUGGAGGAAGGGCAGCAGCAAUCAGGAAAUUUGACCCUUGCCAGCCCACACGGAGCUGAACAAGGUCAAGAAGAGCUGCUAUCCCGUGGAGCAGAGUCUCCAACGGUUUGUUUAGCUGUCAUCGCAAAGACGAGUGCAGCCACCGAGCUGCUUCUCAGAGUCAAGCACUUGAGUGCGCAGCACGACAACAUCUUCAGCCGCCGCUAUUUGGUGGUGGAUUCGCAGGGUGAAAAGGUGGAUGCCUCCAUUGCCCGCGUGGCAGACUCAUUGGUGCGCGAGAAGUAUCUCGACGAAUGGUUAGCCGUGAACUAUUCUGAAGCCUAUAAGCAGUUGGUCAACUUGACUGCUGCGUGGGGCAACUCCUUUCGGGUUGAGGCUGAGGAAAAGGCAAUGGGACAUGGAUCCUUAGACAAUGAUCUGCCGGUGAAAGAAUUGGACCACUACUUUGCUAUCGACCAAUGUAGUGCAGAGUACGUGGCCAUCCUGGAGUCAGACAUGAUCGCCUCCAGGCAGACAGGGUAUUCCUGGAUCAGUGAAGGCAUUCAGGCACUGAAAGAUAACCGGGACUUGAUGCUUGUGAUCCCGGCCUUUCCUGGGCUGUCUGAGAGAAAAGUCCGGCCUCGGCUCACCACCAAAGCGAUCGUGAAGUCGAGUCCACCCGGGCGCUUUGUGGGCCGUGUACCACUUGUGGACACGACCUGCGAACAUCCCUUCUCCUUGCCUGGUCACGCCUCACUGCUCAAUCUUCGUCGCUACAAGGAGCUCGUGUCCUUCGGCCACUCUUUGGAGCAUCGCUGCGGGGGUAUGCUCGUGCACGGGAAGCCGUGUAAAAAGAUGGCAUACGUGCGAAAGUGUGGCGGCAUCCGGAGCUGGGCAGCAGCUUUCGAAUGCGUGAUCUGCAACAGCCCAAAUCUCAAGCAGGCACAUUUGGCUGAGGAGCACCGGGGCUGGUUGUGGUAUGCGCCGAUGACCCGCAUGCGCUAUGAUAUGGGUGGGCUUAGAUCCGAAAUCAGCAAAGCUGAGCUUCAGCAAUAG